CCAGGUAAGAAGAGACCGGUCUUGGCCCGUCUUCUUAUUGACCUUAACUGCCCACCACAGGUUAUAAAGAAACCAAAUACUCCAGUGAAAGUCAUUUACAUUUAAACUUCACUCUGGGAUCAGUUAACUUGAAAAACUUUAAUUGUGCUCAAUUGAAACGGGAACAUUUUUUUUCCAAUUGUGAUCAGCGAAAGUGUUGUUACAAUAAUUAACUCAAUCAAAAUGAAAGGAUUAAUCAUCUCAAUCUUUAUUGUUUCUCUUUUUGUAAUCGGUAAUGGUUUACCUGUUGCUGGACCUGUUGUUGAAUCAGUUGAAUCAAAAUCAAGUGGAUCAACUGAAUCAAUCCUUUUCUAUGGAUCUAAAUCAGAAACUGUCGUUCCAUCAGUUGAUGGAGUUGAAGGUAAUUCGGUUGUCAAUGAUUUAGUUGCUGCUCCAGUUUCAUCAGUUGGCUUAGAUGAGAUCUCGCCAGUGGCUGAUAAAUCAAAAUCACCAGUGGUCUCUAAUCAGGAUGAAAUUUCAGUUGACAAACUCGCCACUGUGUCAACAAUUAUCUCUGAUUCAGUUCCCGAAAAGAAAGUAAAAAAAGGUAAAUCAGAUGAAGGUAAAUCUUCAACUGUACAAAAAGUUCAGAAAGUGGAAAGUUCAGAAAAAGUUGCUGAGGUUCCAGUUGCAUCGCCAUCAGUUGCUGAAGUUCAAACUGAAGCUCCAUCUCAAUACUCAGCAGGAGUUUCAGAGGAUUCAGUUGCCAAGAAUUCACCCCAAGUGGCUCCAGUUGCUGAUUCUGUUCCUGUAGCUGUUGCUCUCGCUGCACCAACCAUCAAGGUUGUUCCUGUCAAAGCUGAUGAGGUUAAGCCUGAAGCAACUGCUGCCUCUGCUUCAUCCUCCAGCUCAGAUAUUUCAGCUUAUCUUGCUGAGCCAAUCAACCAGGCAACCAAAUUACUUGUUGACCUUGAACAACAGAUAAAAGGUUAUCUCAAUACUGACUUGAAAGAUGAUGCUGCAUCCACUUUGAGUCCACUUUCUUAUGGAGCUGGUUCAGAAGAGCCCGCUAUUGAGCCCAGUUCAACUGAUGCCCGUCAAAAUGAGCAAAUUGCUGGUAUGGUUGAUCAAAUCGAAAUGACCAUUCACAAUCUUGAUCAAUCAAUUGAAGAUUUGAUGGCCAAUCGACGAUACAUGACCGCCGCUAUGAUGCGAUCAAUGAGAUCCUAUUUACGAGGAGUACAAAACAAUUUACAACGUCUUCAGAAUCGACUUCGAGCCCUUCAAGCUGUUGCAUCUUCAGCUUCUGCCCCACCCGCUGACGAUGGCUCAGGAACUGCUGGCUAUCCAAGCAACGCUUUCUUUGAAAGUUUAAGAGUUCGAGUUAACCGAAUCACAACCGACAUUACCAACCUCAUGAACCGAAUGAGAUCAACUUUGGUUUCAUCAACCACUGCCAGACCGUUCAGUGGUUAAUCAAUCAUCACAAUCACCCACCUUAACCCACCUUAACCCACCUCAGGUAAUAAUUUACUUGCACAGGAUGUAUAAUAACGGGUCAUCGUUUGAUUAAAUUAUUACAAUUUUCACCUAAUCAACUCAACUCACUUUCAUUAUCAAUUCAAUUUCAAUAAAAACCAACAUGUUUAACAACAUAACAA